AUGAUUCCACUUUUGAAGGAAAAUUUUAAUUCUAGCUGUUUCAUUUUAAAAGGAAAGCUACUUCACAUGCGUUGUUAUGCGCAUAUUUUGAAUCUUAUUGUCAAGGAUGACUUGUCUAUUAUUGGUGAUAGCAUUGACAAGAUUCGAGACAGCGUUGUUUAUUUGUCGGGCACACUAAAGAGGUAUGGGAAAUUUGAGGACACUGCUCGUUCUCUUGAAGUGACAUGUACUAAAAAGUUGUCACUUGAUUGUCAAACAAGGUUGAAUUCAACAUACUUGAUGCUCAAUAUAGCUUUAUUGUACAGUAGAGUAUUUGAACGAUUAAAGAUACAUGAUUCAAGGUAUAUUAGAUAUGCGCCAUUAGAAGGUGAUUGGAUUAGAGCUCAAAAAUUGUGCGACAAGUUGGAAGUGUUUCAUAAAGUGACAGAGUUGUUUUCAAAUGACUAUGGCAGUUGUUUUGAAUCCAAGAUAUAA